UGCGUGUUUCACAGGUUUAUAGGAAAAACGUCUGAUGGAGUCUUAGUUUUAAAGACCUACUACGUGCUUGUGUGGGCACUUAUAUCAAUUAGAAUAUAGCUGGAGAAUGGAAUAGUCGAUAGGGAACCAGAAGCACACAAAGCAGGAGAAGGGUGGUAGUGCUCUGACGACUAGACGUGUGAGCAUAAUUUUAAGGAUAGAUAUAAUUACGUGGGCUAGAUACAGUUAGAAGAAAUAAUCAAAUCUUCGGCGCUGGCGCUGCAUGCGCACGUGCUAUUAAUAUACUCCAAAUUAUUCCUUGCAUAUUUUGCCUCCUAAUUUUUCAAAACACUGAAUCUAGCCUUCUUUUCAUUUUGAUAUGAGCAAUGAGGAAUGACUAAAAUUAGACAGUUGUUUUAUAAUGCUGCUGUCUGAGCAUCCUCCAUAGCGGUAUUAAUACAGAGUUUGAUGAUGUAUCAAGGAGUGUAAACGACCCACAAGACUAUCGGAUUACCUACCGUCCCCACUGUCGUGUUUUUCUCUGCGGCCAUUUUGUAUACUCUCAGCCUACCAAAUUGGCAGCCAUACACCAAUGCUCAAUUAGUCCAAUUUAGUCAUUCACAAGCUAUAACUUGUGGCACUUAAUCUACCUAAAUUCUUUCGCCAUCUCCAAAAUCAUCGAGCUUGCUUUUUGGUCCCGCUGUUCAUCGAAUGCCAUCGGUCGCAGAUGAUCGCAGCAGUUGUAAUGUGUGGCCUGGUGGCCACAGUUCAGUGCGGUGGCUUCGGUGGAGGCCACAGCGUGAUCGUUGUCAAGGGCAUCCAGACAGGACACGGUGGCGGCGCAGGGUUCGGCCACGGAAGCGCAGCCUCGGCAACUACCGCGGGCUCCUCACAGCCGCAGGUGGUUCAGGGACCAACUUAUGUCGUCAAGACACUGCACCAGGUUAAGAAGGUUUCUCAUGGCGGAGCCAUUGUCGGAGGUGGGUCAAUCGGUGGUCAUUCUGGAGGAUAUGGUGGUGGCUUCGGAUAUGGCGGUGGAUACUCUCACGGGUACGGCAGCGGGUUCUCUGGCAGUUACGGCAACUUCGGAAAGGGCUACGGCAGUCUUGGACACGGUGGAUGGUGGUGAUUACCAAUCAAUCAUGCUAUGCAGAAGCUAAUGUGACAUCAUCGGCCACACAUCAGCAUCGGAGCGACAGCGAUCAGCUGCAAUUAUGUAGUCUGAGAACGAUGUAAAUAAAC